AGCAAUGAUUUGCGGAAGUUAACAUUAUUUAACAUUUAAACUGUUAUCGCCUUACUUAAAUGUACUAAGUAAUCGGUUACUCGAAUUUCAAGGCCUAAUAAUUAACAGCCCGAUUGCAAAUAUAGACAAGUUAGUUUCGUCGUCGGAUAUUGCUUAAGUACAAGAAAUCAAACGCGAAAUCAAUCCGAGCAACCGAGGCCCGUGUAUACCGAACACAAGUCAUAGUUAAGAACCGACCAUCGCGAGUGAAAGUAAUGUUUACAUGACGUAACAAACUCUAAACGUAAACAUAUUCAUAUUUUUUUAUGAAUCAUGGAUUACGAGACGAAAUAAUUAAAAACUACGUAUGUUGUCAUAGUAUCAACUCAAACAUUUAAAAUUAUUAACCAUUCAUUAUCCAACCAUAGAGCGUAUAGCAAUGCUCGGGCUGAUUUAUUUUAUUUUUAUAACUUCGAUCGUCGCGGUCCUAGUCGGACUGUGGCAGAAGAACACAAAUGUUCUGUGCAAGUCGAAGAAGAAUCUUGAAGGGAAAACGGCGAUCGUCACCGGUGGGACUUCCGGUAUGGGCCUCCGGAUAGCUACUGAUUUUGCGAGUAGAGGCGCAAAGGUCAUAGUUGCUUGUCCCUUUAUAGAUGAAGGUACUAACGGACGUAAACAUAUUAUAGAGAGAACUGGAAAUGAGAAAGUGAUCUUCAAACUACUCGAUCUAUCGUCUAUAACAUCGAUACGGAAGUUCUCCAGCGAGAUUCUUCAAACUGAGGAGCGUUUGGAUAUCCUAGUGAAUAACGCCGGUGUUGGUAUCGGUUUUGACUAUCUCACGAAGGAUGGAAUGAAUUUUAUCAUGCAAGUUAAUUAUUUUGGUAGUUUCCUACUCACUAUCCUCUUACUUCCGUUGUUACUGAAGACUGGUAAACCAGGAGAGCCCGCGCGUAUCGUGAAUACAUCAUCGGUUCUUCACAACAUCGGUGUAGUCGACUUUACGAACAUAAAUCGUUUAAACUACUGGUACGGCAUACAAUGUUAUGGAAACAGCAAACUGUGUCUAGUUCUAUUCGCACACGAGUUAACAAAGAGGUUAAACAACAAGAACGUUGUAAUUAAUUGUGUGGACCCUGGAGCAGUUGGUACUCCUAUAUUUAACUGCGUGGGCUGGUUCUUAGGCGGAAUCAUCACUUACUUCUUCAAGAACUUCUUCAAAACACCCUGGGAAGGUGCACAGACCGCGAUCCAUGUGGCGUUGGAUAAGAAAGCAGGGGAAGUUAGCGGUCAAUUUUUCAAAAAUUGCAAACUGUCUAGAGCCAAACAAGCGGGGUAUGAUGACAAAAUCGCUGUACAACUUUGGGAGGAAUCUAUUCGCUUAGUGAAAAUGGAUCAAGACGAAGUGUACCAGUGUUUACAACCUUUAAGUUAACAAGUGUUUUUACGCCCCUCUAUUUUUAUUAAAAAACGAUUCGUAAUAAUUACGAAUGGUAUAGGCACAGGACCCGAGCUAAUUAGUAAUGGUGUAGGUUACUUAAUUUGUAUGUAACUAAAGCUAAUAGCUAGGCUAAUGGUGAUUAGUUAUUUUGUGUAUAAACAAUUAAGUGAUGUUUACAAUAAUAUUUAUUUUCUUUGCGUUGUUAGUUAGAAAUGUUGUUUCUAAUAAUAAUUUAAGACGAUGUAAUUGAUAAUGUAUUUUAUUUAAGCGAGCAUGUCCACAUUUAUAAUGUUAAAUAUUGGAAAUUUGUGAUCAAUAAACGUUUCAAUUCAG